AUGGAUAUCCAGCGAGCGAACCCCAAUUCUACUUUUGUCACGCCUAGUCGCCUGAAUAACACUCAAUCUCCCCGUGCUCGCAUUAAUAACUACCUCGAAGAUACUCUCGAUACUGUGCUGGACCAACUCACACUCUCCGAAGAUGAGGAGAACCAGGGCGCAACAAUCACUCUGAAGCGAAGAGCAGCAAAUGCGGCUACUACAUUUCGUAUAGAUCCCUCGACAGGUGCACUCAGAAGCAGUCGGGCAGAAACGACUGUCACGUACUCGUUUCCAGGAAAAGAUGGAUACGAAGCGUGGAGAUUUACUGUUGCUCUCCGCAUUAUCUCUACCAUACGUGAAGCCGUGGAAGCCGGGCUGGCAAUUUCGGUAAGAGAUAUAUACUACAGUGAUCCGGAGUACUUCGGGUCCCAGGGCGUUGUGGGCCGGUUUGUUGACGAUCUGGCGCUCACAAUUGGCGUGGAAAGGUCUGACUUGAAUGUGGAAGCCGCCGCAAAGGGUCUUGUUGCCGGAUACUACCAGUCAACAGUGGCAAGAAAUUGUAUCGUCGGUGGGCGAGAAUCAACGAAGGAUCACCUUGUCCCACGGGUGCAAGACAUGGAGGAGCUUGGUAUUCCAGACAUUGACUGGGUUCUAAUUAUAGAGAAAGAGGCUGUCUUCCGAAGACUCGCGCGCAGCUACUUCCAUUUUUACGCCACAACUGGUAAGGGGAUACUCAUCACGGGAAAGGGCUACCCAGACCUCGGAACCCGCGCGUUCAUCCAUAAUAUCAUGGAGCGGAUACUGCCAUUGCGGCCUGACCGACCUCCACACUGCUAUGCUCUUGUCGACGGUGAUCCAGAUGGAAUGGCCAUCAUGUCUACAUAUAAAUACGGCUCAAUGGCGCACACAAACGAGAACUGGAAACUAAAUAUUCCAUCUCUGCGCUGGCUAGGGCUACGUAUAUCGGAGGUGGUUGAGAGUUUAGGAGCUGAUGGUGACGAGGCACUGAUGUCUCUGACGCGGAGGGACCGGAGGAAGAUCGUUUCAAUGUUGUCAAACAAUCCGGUGUGGGCGGUUGAUGGGCCCGAACCAGAAUGGCGAGUGGAGUUGCAGCGCAUGCUCAUGCUGAAUGUGAAAGCCGAGGUUGAGAUAUUGUAUGACCGGGAAGAUGGACUUGAAGGGUGGAUUGAUCGGGAGAUGAGGCGGUAA